AUGUAUUCUGGGAAUUCAAAAUUAGUGAACGUUACUUUGAAUCACUGCAGAGAAGGAAGUGUAAUUGUAAAUUUUACCAUCACAUUCCGUGUACUGGACUCGAAUGAGUUGCUGAUAUUCACGGAUGCCACUGAAAAAAAUGGCAGGAUAGCAGACCUGGAAGUUUCCUCUGCUACUCUUUCGGUAACAGGAGUUCCUAACCAGACUCCUGAAAUAACCAAGAUUUACCUGACAAGCGCCACUAGUGUUAAAGUAUCCUGGAUGCCAGUCACUGACGGCCCAAUCAAUGGAUAUCAGGUCGCCUUUCGUCCACUUAAUGAUGAGACGUGGAACACAGUCGCUGUUAAUCGCCAUACUACCAACCUUCAUCAAACGGAUCUACAAGAAGGAAUAGUGUACAGGAUAAGAGUUAUGGCAUUCAACGAAAAUGGAAAUGGGCUUCCAGGGGAAGGUGAAGAAAUAAAGAUGGAGGAAGGAGUACCAGAGGCAGCUCCACUUGUAACUGUAGAAGACAUGACAUCCCCACAUUCGUUUGCUGUUUCAUGGACACCUUUGCCAGAGGAGUAUGUAAUGGGCAGACUGCUUGGCUAUCGUGUCAUCUUUAAAGCUGUAAAAGCUGCUGAUGAACGAGUAGAUAACAAAGAGGCCACCUUGACUGUCGAUGGUCCAGAGGUUCUCCUUGUAGAGCUUACUGGAUUGAAAAGUUAUACAUCUUACGUGGUUCAAGUAGCUGGCUUUACAUCCAAGGGAGAUGGACCAUUAUCAGCCGAGGUGACGGGAGAAACCUGUCGUUGCCCAGGGGUAUUCUACACCAAUUGGGCGGUACUUCCUCCAUACGUCACCAAAUCAAUUCGCAGUCAGUCACCGCAAGGAAUUAUUGGCACUUUUGUUGAAGAAAUGCUGUCAGAGUCUUGUGGUGUAUGCAAAUCACAUGGACACACCUCUCUGAAUUUUAAGACCAAUGGCAAAGGAGACACAGCUUAUAAAACCACUAUGAAUGAAGUUAUCUUAGACGUUAACAGUAAGACAGCGAUUAGCUUUCCUGUAACGGGGACUAUGGAUAAUGACAAAUUUCAAAGGUAUUAUGUAUUUGUUCCUAUGGUGGAGUCUCCUGGAAUGGCCUUCAUCACGGUUCGUCAGAAGGAUGGAAGUAAAAACAGAGUCAUAUCGACUCUUUUAAAGUAUUUGCCUUUAUACCUGUUUUGUUUAAUGACGGCUUACGUGGCUGGUACCAUCAUAUGGGCCCUGGAAACAAGCCGGGAUGACGGUUUUGCCCACUCCUUUAUCAAGGGAGCUGUUGAAGGAUUUUGGUUUUCCUUCAUUUCCAUGACAACUGUCGGUUACGGAGAUAGAGUUCCUACGGGAGUUUGGUCAAGGCUGUUCACGGUGGCCUGGAUCUUAACUGGCCUUGUUAUGGCUUCGGUACUUAUAGGAGUACUGGCUACCUCGCUAACGUUUCACACGAUAGAAAAAGAUAUUAUGUUGUAUGGAACAAAGGUGACGGCUCUGGCUGAUUCGGCGGCGCACAGACUUGGCGUCAGAAGAAAUGCUCUCAUCAGGCCACAAGACACUUUACAGGAGGCCUAUAAAUCUCUAGAGCAGGGCGAAGUCAAAGGACUGUUGUUAGAUGCCUAUGUCGCUGGAAGUCGCUCCAUCAAACAUCUUUUUGACCAGCAGCUGCGGGUCAAGGAAGUUAUAAAGCUACCAAAAGGGUUUGGAAUUGUCUUGUCGGGUGAAGCAAUGAAGCUACAGAAGCGAAUUCGUGAUUACAUCAGAAAUAACGCUGGACUUAUCAGCAAAAUGAUCGAAAACAGUACCUCUCCAUUACAGCAACCAGAAAAAAGUGAGGCCGAGGAACAGGCCACAGAGCUGUUUUCUGUUGACUCUUCAUUAUUUCAUGAGAUUCUUUUGGUGCUGUUGCAAGCACUUGGAGCUGCUGUCUUCUGUGGUCUUGUUUGGGAAGCCAUCCGUAAACUUCUUGCUCAAACAAAAACAGUAUUUCCAGAAGGACAUGGCUGUGCAAGGCUGAUGACACACAGAAAUGAGAUGCUGAAGACAGUGCAAAAUUUUCACGACAGUUUUCGAAAACUUUACAUGGAUUUAUCAUAUAUAAGUGCUCAGGAACUUCAACAUUUUGAACAAGAACGAAAGCGAAGGGAAAAGGACUUUUAUGUGGAUUCUACAUUUUAUAUUCACAUUUCACAUCGAGUUUUCAAUGAUUCUACAGAUACAAGACCAUUUCCGAUCGGCUUGUACCCUUUGGAUGCUACUCAUGGUGUUAAUGACACAAGCAGUUGCAGGAACUUACCUGGAGUUGCAAAUGGCACAACUCUAGCACCAGGACAUCUCGAGGAACCAAAUACUGCCUAUCGCUUCCGAAAGUCGCAGUCGAGUUUUAUCCGAAUAUCAAACAGUGGAAUCUAUAACACAAACUCUAUAACUUUACUUAACUGGUUCAAAACCGAAGCCACUAUGGGUCACCAGACGAUACUACAACUUUCUUCUGAGGGCAAGCUGGCAUUCCUUAUGGCAACUGAUGGUGGCAUGAUUUACCUUGAGGUGUAUCCAAAAUGCAACGUGCAACCGAGAUCUAUAUUUCCAGAUAUCACAAUUGAAGCAUCUACUUGGUAUUUCAUUGGAGUUUCAUAUGAUCACGCAACUGGUCUGAUGGCAAUUCGGACACGGACUCUCGAUGGACGCCAAGUUGAUGGAAGCAUUUCAGUGGGUGUAAUCAAGUUGGACACCGGGCAUGAUAUAUGGCUUGGUUAUGGACCUAAAUCACCAGGAGCAUUCACAGGAAGCAUGGCGUGUUUUCAAGUUUAUGACGAGCCUUUAAUUGAAGAAGAUAUUACGGAGGCCAUGAGGAUGUGCCUUCCAACUCAGUGGUCAGAACCUUUUGCCAUAUACGCCCUUAAUGACAGCAACCAAUUAAUCGACUCAAGUGGAAAUUCUAAUCCAGAUGGCAUCGCACGCAAUAUUGACGAAACAGAGGGUCCAUAUGGAGAAGGGAGAUCUAUUGCAUUUGAGGGAAACUCAGAGAGCUAUAUUCAAAUAUCACAAGAUGGCGAGUUUUCGUUGACAGCUUCCUUUAGUAUACUUGUCUGGAUUUACAGGGAUUGGUCUUUGAACUCGCUCAUUGGAAAUGGCGGUGAGAUCGUGACAUUUGGCUCCGAGAGUGGGUCAAUAUCAGGGUUGUUGUUCGGCUGUGCUUGUAACAGGAAGCUUCUGGGGAAGUUUUAUUUUCCAAGCUCAGGCAAAACUACCGAGGUUUCGUAUUCUCUUCCAAAUUUUUUGGUGUCUACAAGAGAGUGGUACCCCAUCGCGUUAGUAUACAACAACGACACAGGACAAGCUAGACUGCACGUAGACGGAAAAUUACGAGACAUACAGUAUGUUGGUACGGGCUUUGUUGGAUCAGAUACAAAUAUUUUCAUUGGAAAAGGAUUUAACGGAAGGGUUGCUUGUUUGCAGUUCUACCGCAGACCACUGCUAGAGGAACACAUUGAAGAUGCUAUGGAUAAAUGUUACGUAGCGGGUCCGACUCCAGCUGUUUGCCAGCAGAGGAACAACGUGACCGUAUCUCCGUGCCCAUCUGUUGUCCCAAUUUCAUACAAUUCCAUGAUUGUUAUUUCGGUUACUGUCUCAGAGCUGCUUUCCAGUACCCUUAACGAUAGUCUCUUAACAAGGACAAGAAAUGUGACCAGCGCGUCGAGAAUGACUUCAAUCUCAGCAAACACGAAAAUCACAAGCUUAGCAACAAUAUCUCUUAAUACCAGUGAUGUUAUUGAGCAGACCACAAUUUCCACAAUUUCUCUUCUUUCGAAAGACACUGUCGCUAAGUCGAUGGAGACUCGUUCAGUUUCCGACGUAGAUGUCACCAUCACUUCUGCAUCAUACCACGACUCAUCCAGCAUUAGUUUUUAUCGGAAACCAACGCCUACAUCAACCAACGCAGGGAGUAUUGAAAUGUCUUCAACCGCAAAUGGACUCGUGAUGAGUGAACACUUUGGAAUAACGCAGGAACUGAAAGUUAGCCAUAGCACGCAGUCACCUUCUGCAAGAAGUAUUUCUACUAGCUGCAGUAGGUUAAUACCAAGCUCUAAACUUUCUCACUCUUCUACAAAGCUCUUGAUAAACUCGUCGGAGACUGCUACCCAAGCAGAUCAAAGCAUUCAUUCAAAAUUACCUUCUUUCUCCAACAUUGGCAUGAAAUCCACAACGACGCAAGCUCUUGGACUACCAUUUACAUCGAGCCGCAUUUUUUUCAGUCAGAAAACAAACAGUUCAAUCGAACCGAGUCCACCUGUUACCAAAUCUGUAGAAAGCUCCUCAAUCGAAGAUCAUCCAAGACUUAUAAACUUGAGCCAGUGGAGUGAAUGGUCGUCUUGUUGCGAUCCUUGUGGGAGUGGAAUACAAUAUCGACGAAGGCCAUGCAAUAAAGGAGCUAUAGAAGAUUGUACUGGAAAUGAAACUGAGACAAGAACGUGUAAGGCUCCUUCUUGCGAAGCUACCUGUUUCAAUAUCACUUCAACCUUCACCGAGUGGACGUGGAAUGAUUCACUGUCGGUGAUAAAUAGCUCUAGCUUCAUCUCCCUGGAAAAGAAAUUGCGAGAAAUGAUCACCGUCUUGUACCCUGAUGAAACUGUUAGUGUUACUCUGUUAUCAUGCCGGAAAGGGAGUGUUAUAGUCCAUUUUACUGUCGCUUUUUACGUGGUUGAUUCAGAUCAGAUGGUGAGGCUAACUGAAAAUAUGAGCAGCAAAGGCGGACUCCUAGCUUCUCUUGUACUGGUGAACAUUACGACUAAUAAAGUCUCGAACCAAGUUCCUAUCAUUACGGAAGCAUAUCUGACAAGUGCCUCUAGUCUUCGGGUGUCUUGGACUCCAGUCGAGGAGAGCAUUAAUGGUUAUUACCUGGUAUAUCGAUCUAUCAAUACCAGCCAAUGGACAAGGUAG